AUGGCGCGAACGAAACGUGUCCCCGUCAGACGCGAAUCGUCGUCCGAAUUUUUCGACAAGCAGGCGGCAUCUUGGGUAGACACGAACGGCGGAGCAGAUAAGUCAAGAGCAGCUAACGGGCAUGCCACAGUCGCCAACGGUCCUGGUCCUGGUCCUGCCUUGGACGCUGCGAAACCCGAGGCUGGUGUGGUGCAACUCUUCAUCUCCGUCGCGGGCAUCUAUGCCUCUUUCCUGACAUGGGCCUACUUGCAGGAAAAGCUGACGACAAGGCCUCACGGUUCGGCGGCCGCUCCGGAGCGAUGGCACUUCCCGGUAUUCCUCAACACCAUCCAGUCUCUCUUCGCUGCGGCUGUCGGUUCUAUAUACCUCCUCGUCUCGACGCCAAAGGGCUCUCCCAUACCCCCAAUCAUGCCAUCCCGCGGCAUCCUCGGGCCACUUGCGCUUGUCGCCGUAACCAGCAGUCUGGCCAGUCCCUUUGGAUAUGCCAGUCUCGCACACAUCGACUACAUCACCUUCUUGCUAGCCAAGAGCUGCAAGCUGCUGCCCGUCAUGUUCCUUCACAUCACCAUCUUCCGCAAGCGAUACCCAAUUUACAAGUACCUCGUUGUGGCGGCCGUAACCGCAGGCGUUGCCGUCUUCACCCUGCACUCGGGGAAAAAGAGCAAAAAGUCUGCCAAGUCGCAAGAGGCCAACGUUGUCUGGGGUCUUCUCCUUCUGGGCAUCAACUUGCUCUUCGACGGCCUUACCAACAGCACCCAGGACUACAUCUUCCAGACUUUCCGUCCCUACACCGGCCCUCAGAUGAUGUGCGCCAACAACAUGAUGAGCACCCUCGUCACCGGCCUCUACCUCGUCACCAGCCCGUACCUCGUCGCCACGGGCGUCGGCGAAUGGCUCGGCAUGGACGCCGCUGGUAGCGCAGGCGAAUUGACUGCCGCCCUGGACUUUAUGCGCCGCCACCCAGCCGUCUGGAAGGACGUUCUCGGCUUCGCGGCUUGCGGUGCCAUCGGCCAGGUCUUCAUCUUCUAUACCCUGUCUACUUUCUCAUCCGUCCUUCUUGUCACCGUAACCGUCACCCGCAAAAUGUUCACCAUGAUCCUGUCGGUCGUCGCGUUCGGCCAUCGUCUCACGCACAUGCAGUGGCUGGGCGUUGGGCUCGUUUUUGGCGGAAUCGGUGUAGAAGCGGCCAUCGCCAGACAGGAGAAGAUGGCCAAGGAGGCCGCGAAGAAGGCUGCCGCCGCCAAAAAGGAUUUCUAG